AUGUCUGCCAGACCCAUCUGGAGCAGCGUCACCAUCGCAGUUGGUACUUGUCCCAAUCAUCUUACGCACAUCAGACUCAACCAUUACAUACGUGAACGCUGUCUAAAACGUGGUGCAUUGGCGCCCGGCGUUGUCUUACCGAAUGUGGAGGUCCAUCCUUUCUGCAUUGUACUCACCUACCUAAGUGGCGAUGAAUCUCUUUCGGUCUUUGAAAGCCAAGCCACCGAUCCCAGCUUUCUUCUUAUCUUCGCGCAAACAUGGGCACUCGCAGCUCGUCUCAGACUCCCAACGCUUCAAAAUGAGCUAAUCUCAGUUAUGAGUAGUCUCUACACUAUGAUCGUGGAAGGAAUAUGCAGCUAUCAGCGCUCUGCUUGGGUAGAUACUCAUCUCCUUCGAGCCUUCCAGCACCUCCGCUCGCAGUUCGGACCAGAAACUCACGCUGAAAAAUUCCUCGUGUGCUUCAGUGGUAGAACAGCACCGUUAGUUAGAGAGCUGGAGAAGCAGUUGAGCAGCAAAGAUUUCGAUUUGGAUAUCCGGGAGAAAAUAUUGAAAGAAGCCCGGUCAUUUGAGCGAGAUCCGAUCAUACACCGUCCUUACCUUUUCCGCGUUAGCGCAUUGAACCCGCCAAGAUACCCUCCCCUCGAUGUGCAACGAUUGUCACAAGAUGAGGGCGAGAAUACCGAUGCGAGAAGAUUCGACGGUGCGCCUGACAAUCCGCGACCACGAUGUGCCAAACCGAUACUGUCCACUCCAUACACAAGGUCCCGGCGAUACGAGCAGCUCCAUCAUGAACGAAGGUCGCAAACUCAAUCUGGGAUAUACGACUCCGGAGCGUCACCCUCCACUGCCGACUUCGCAUCCACCACUACUGUCUCCCGACGUCGUGUCUCUUUCCGCCUACAGCAUCAAGACACCAUGUGUGACUCAGAUCCUACAUCAGAAUAG